GGAUCCGUCUUUAUGAUAAGGCCACGGAACACUUCCACAAUUCUAUAACUCCUUAUUAAUUCUCUUCUUGACUGCCGAUCGGUUCCGAAAUCCGUUCCUCUCUCCCCCUUCCUUUUCCCUUCUUUGAUAUCAUUCAACACCUACCCCCCCUUUAUCCAUAUGGAAAACAACUUACUCGAAGGUCUCCUCGACCUGGAGGAAGAAUUUUACAGGGAAGGCUAUGACCUAGGAGCUGCCGAUGGCGCACAGGCUGGCUACACCGAAGGCAGUGUAUUCGCUAUCGAGAAGGGCUUUGAAAAAUUUCUUGAAAUAGGAAGGCUCUACGGUAAAGCUCUGGUUUGGUCACAAAGACAAGCUGAGCUAGACUCAUCCAACACUAGGGAUCCUCCCCAGAUGGCUCGGUUACCUAGUGAGAAGGGUGAAGAUUAUCUGGAGCCAUCUGUUUGCAAAGAAAUGUCGAGCGUUCCACCCAGCUCCAGGUUAGCGAAGAACAUCGAUACGCUUCUUGAAUUGGUUGACCCGGCGUCUUUACCCAUGCAAAACACAGAGGAAGCCGUUAUUGACGUGGAUGAGCGUCUGAAGGGUGCGCUAAUCAAGGCCAAGCUUAUCCAGCGUGCACUGGGCGAACGAGAAGAUGCUUGGGAUAUACACCCUGAUGCGAAAGACAUUCCCCAACAGAAAAGCUCUGGGGAUGGAACUGGCAGCAUUGAAGACAUCAGCUCCCUGAAGCUCCGCCAAUGAAGGAUGUUGUUUCUCAAAUCAUCCUACUCAUUAUCCCUAACAAGACCGCUUCUACCCAGCCACCGGUACCCUUCGGAGUAUCUCCGAUAGAGAAGCCACGAUGAUGACAUAUCUUACUCAAGUUUCGGUUUGACUCGUCUCCAUGUAUCCUUAAUCACGGGCAGAGGUAAUAAGGGUGGAUUGAAUUGUCAAGCUUGGAGGUCGAUCAUUGAUUGCUCCACAAAUCUAUGGUCACCCCCACACACCAAGUUCUCAAUUGGCCUUUAGUAGGGAUGGCAAUCCAAGACCACUUCC